CUUUGAAUUUCGAAUUUGCUGAAUUGCAAAAAUGUUGUCCAUGGUUAUUUUGAUUAAUUUAAAUUUCGUAUUUGCUUCUGAGGACGCAACACGGCUUAAGGCAAUUGUGGCUAAGAGGAUUGAAUGUGACAUUUCUGGACUCGGCAGUAAUUGCUUUCACGACGGAGGCUGGUCACAGUGGGGCAGGUGGAGCAAAUGUCUCGGCGAGUGCGGGCAUGUUGGCCUCCGCACACGCAUGAGAAAUUGUUCAAAUCCGUAUCCAUCCAACAAUGGUGCUCCAUGUCCAGGGGGUAGUAAAGAAUCAAAGGAAUGUCACAUUACCGGGUGCACGCUUGAAGAUUUCAAAAAUGCUGCACAAUGUGACUUGAUAAAGAAUUUGGAGUUUAAUUUUUUGAAAGAAGUUCACGCAAGCGUUCCAGCCCUUGUGCCAAGAUGUGUUGAAGCUGAAUGUCAUUUUUCAAUAGUUGAACACCUGUUACAUAAUUAUGCUGAUAGAUACUGGAAUGCACUGCAUUGUGUGAAAAGGAAUUAUGGUUGCCCAGAAAUGGGUGGUUGGAGUGAUUGGGGAGAUUGGAGCGAAUGCAGUGCCUUUUGUGGCAUCGGGAGACAUAUGAGAUUUAGAAAAUGUGAUCAGCCAGUGCCCAUUAACGAAGAGUACAAGUGCCCUGGUAAAAACUACACGUUCAAGAUAUGCAAAGGGGAAAACUGUAACUUAAUGGAAAUCAGGUCUUGGAGCGAAUGGAGCUGGUGGUCAAGAUGCUCAACCACCUGCGGGCAAGGAGUCAGAAAACGAAUGCGUAAUUGUAUCGCUGUUGAGGAAAUUGGGAAAAGAAGUUUUGAUUUUAUCAAACAUGCAAGUAAAAUCUGUACUGGGCCGGCUUCGAUGGUCAGGCCAUGCUAUUUAAAAGACUGCCCUGUCAAUGGUGGAUGGUCUGAAUGGGAGCCGUGGUCAGAGUGUUCUGCAGAUUGCUCGCUUGGCACACAGUCGAGGAGUAGGACAUGUAGCCGUCCUCCACCACUCAACGGAGGAAGGCCAUGUGAGGGUGUAGUCAGUUGGAUAAAGCAUUGCUUCCUUGCCCCUUGUCCAGUCAAUUUUAUAGAAGUUGCGGCUUUCUUCGGUGACGGGCUGUUAAGCUAUUACAGAGCAGGACGUUCAAUCAAACUGCUGCAUAUUUUCGUCAGAUUCAAACCACUUGCAAAAACAGGUGAAAUAAUAAAAAGAGAACCUUUGGACUGCAUGGAUUCAAAAUGCAGUCGUUUGAUUCUUCACCUCCAAGCUGGCUUCUUAUUAUUCAGCAUAUCUAUGUUAAAAUCACAAGUCCUUUUAGCGUCACAACGACCAGUUGAUGUAAAUAAAUGGAUUAAUGUGUUAAUAUUUAUGACACCAAGUUUGGUGAAGAUGAGAAUUAACGAUGCCGAACUUUACAUAAGUAAACUGAACUUCAAACCGACAAAGGUCAACUUUGAUUCCGACAUGAUCCUCGGCCACAAUUUCAAAGGUGAAAUAUCAGAACUUGUAGUUAACUUCAUACCAAGGUUGUUAAAUGUGGAUAGUGUCACAAGUGAACCUAAAAGUAUAAACAUAUUGCCUUUUAAGGGCAUAAAUGUUCUUAUUGAUCGGGUUAGUGAUGAAGGGCUAGUCAAAGAUUUAUCAAAACUUAUAUAUGUGCCUUGUUUCCAAAGUGAAUCCAAUUGGACUAUUGAGUUUGUGAUCAAAACAGCGCAACAGGAUGGUUUGAUAUGGUACAUGACUGAUUCACCAAGCCUGACAAGUAUGCUGUUUUACGCUCUUCCUCAUCAGUUUGUUUUAAUGAUGACUGUCAACCAAUGCUUCGUUGACAUUGAUGUUCAAGUAGAGACUCACGUCAAUGUCUGGACUCAUGUUUUAAUAAGCAGAGAGGAUAAUUUUAUAGGGUUUAGUAUCAAUGGAGGCGAGAGGAAGAUAUUACACACAUGCAUGUUGAGCUCUUCGUUUGAAUGUAGAGACUGGAUCUACUUUGGAGACAUACAGCCGAUUUUCAGUUCAAAAACCGGCUCGAUUUCUUUAACAGGCAAGUUAAAAACUUACAUAGAACACCUCAAAAGUAUGACCGGUUUGUUGGCCUAUUUGAAAAUUGACGGUGUUGAAAUUCCAUUGGAUUCUCUACCAGUGGAAGUACUGACCGGAUUUAAACAGUUUUCGAGCGAUACAGUCAGCUACCCAGAAAGGUAUAUCGAGCUGGAAAUAGAAUAUGGGGAGAAUCUGGUGUUAUCCUGUGUCUAUUUCAGCGAAGAAACAUCCUAUGAAAUUUUCAACAGAAUUGAUUUGAACCAGAGCACAAUUUGGUUAAAGGAAGAUAUUCCUAUAACAGCAAAAGAUUCUUUUAAGCUGUGGGGUGCAAAUUUUACGAUAAAGGACAACAUGAGGAAAUCCGUUCUGAUAGCAACCAAUUACACAGAGAAAGAGUCGAUCGAAGGGUUUUACAGCUGCAUUGCACCAGGCAGCGGUAGGCUGAAGACAAGGCAAAUCCUCGUUACAUACGGUGUUAUUGUCAUAAAUGUUUCAAAAGAUUUCAACGGUUAUGGAACGAAAUUUCUCCUAAUAUGCACGUUCGUGUAUAUCGUUGUCACCUUUGUUGCAAUAUUUUGGUUGAUCGCUGAGUUAUUUAUCAACUUCUUCAAAGGAGAGGGGCUUUAUUUAAACGACAAGUCAGAUAGUCAAAACAGAGAGAUGCUUUUUGUCCUGAAACAUUUGAAAUGAUGAAAAACAAAUUUCAAUUGGUACUUUGUAUACAAGGAAAUAACAACAUAAAUAACACUGCCUCAAUAUUUCAAUUUAUUCCAGCCAAAUUAACAAUUUCGUUUAAAAUAAAAAAUUUAAAUCAAUAUUUACAAGGAGACAAAAUGAAUGUUCUUUUGCAGUGCUUAAUUGUAAUAAUAAUAAAUGCCUGUUCUACAAUCUAAUGCAUAUUAUAUUAAUAAUUAUGUUUUUCUUAUUAUAUAAUAUUAUUUGUUUUAAAAUAUUAUACAGAGUAAUUCAUGUUCAAUCUAAUAAAAAAAAAAAGAAUAUAAAAAACAGAUUCUUAAAAACAAAAGCUCCCAUAUUAAUUUCAGAUGUCGCCUUGUAAAAAGCCAUCAAUUUGCAAUUCUACUUUUUGAUAUAAAACUUUUUUUCUCAAUAGACAUAUUGGUUAAAAAUUGCAAUAACGAAAGUAUAAAAAUAUUAAUUUACUCCCACGUCCUGAAUUACUUAUAGACAUGUAUUGUUUCUAAGAUUCGUUGGUACCAGUUAAGGCUAGAGGUUGAAAUUAAAAAAUACACAAGUAUGAAUAAGAGAGAAACAAAUAUUUGGCUUAUAUAAAAAAUUAAAACUCUAUAUUCAUUAAAAAAUAAAUAUUUAAAAUUAGUUUCAACAUCAUAAUAACACAAUGUACAAGUUAUUAAACAAAAUGUCUUCUUUUUUUUAAAUCUUUUAAAACUGCACACUUAAAAACUCUUUGGGAUUUUUUUUCGUAUAUAAUAAAACACAAUAAAAUGAAUGAACACUAAAGAAAUCACAGAACAUUCAAUUAUACAGUAAAUCUUACAAUGCGAAUUCAAAGAUGUUCUGUGAUUUCUGAUAAUACUGUAAAGGGUAAAUUACUAAGAAACUAAGAAAAGUGUCAGUCAUUUGAUUAAUUUCAGACCUUUUUCUACAUAAAAUAAAUUAAUGGUAUAAAUAUGUAAAAAUAAUAGUCUAACUAAAAUGGGGAAACAUUUUCAUCUACCUCCGAAUACCACUAAGUUGAUU